UGUGCGCUAGACGCGCGCGCUAAGGCGGAGCUUAGCUUGCAAUUACAAAGGAAGGAACUGCCCAGGCCGCACCACAACUUCGUCCUGCAACCUACUUAUAUGUUCUAACAGCACCACGAACGAGCCCAGAGACACGAUGCAGAAGUAUCCGAGCACGGUCGACCGCCUCGAUAGGCCGAGUCCUUACUACCAAGGCAAGAACAAACGUCGCCGGAACAACGAUCGCGAAGAUAAUGUCGAAAAGGCAGAGGAUCCUAACGAUAGCCUGAAGGAUGCCACGACUCUCUAUGUCGGAAACCUUUCUUUCUACACAACCGAGGAGCAGAUCCACGAACUUUUCGCCAAGUGCGGUGAGAUCAAGCGCCUAGUGAUGGGACUCGACCGCUUCCAGAAAACGCCUUGCGGCUUCUGCUUCGUCGAAUACUAUACCCAUCAAGACGCGAUAGACUGUCUCAAAUACAUUGGAGGCACAAAGCUUGAUGAAAGAAUUAUUCGGACGGAUUUGGAUCCUGGGUUCCAGGAAGGUCGUCAAUACGGACGUGGAAAAUCUGGCGGUCAAGUACGAGACGAAUACCGCGAGGAAUACGACCCAGGGCGUGGCGGAUACGGUAGAUCAAUGGCAGACCAGCGUAGACGAGAGGAAGAAGAAUAUGGAAGGGGAAGGUAGGAGGUUUGAUAUUGUACAAUAUACACCGGCGUUUGGAGAAUCCGAUAUCAGUCACAUAUUCAAUACCCAUACGAGCUGAAUUCUAAUGAUCGUGUCAUCACCCUGUUGCUGAAUCUUUAACC